AUGGAUGAAAUUGUACGAUUGGUCAAGGCAAUGGGUCGACAGCAAUGCCUCAAUGCUUACUACCGGGUUUGUUACCUGCUUUUGAAAGAAUUACAAGAAAGGAUCCAGUCCGAUUCCGACAACCUUCUGAAACUAUGCUUUGACGAAUCCACCGGUCCCGGCGAUCUGGAGCAGGCCGCUAUCAUCGCGAUUGGCCUCCGUGACACUGUCGCGGCCCUGCGCGCAAAGGAGAGAAGGGCACGUAUAGACCGGGAAGAGUUCUACUGAGCCGGAACUUGAUCAUGUAGGCUGGUUGGUUGACAAGAGGAAAUUGUGUCGGGUGAAUUGACCAGCCAUAGAUCCGCAUCACUUCCACCGAAAGGAGGCUAGUAUGAGAUAUGCGACCAGGAUAAUGCACGAGGCAGGAGAACGUGGAACGGAUGAUGUGAUUCUGCAGACGCAGUCAUCCACCAGAAUGGUGGGCAGGAGGGGGG